GUAAAGUCAUUUUCCAAUAACAAACAUCUUUUCGAAUGGCCCUAUAGCGAAACGAAAUGAAAUGAAAUGAAAAUCCUCUAAAACCCUACACUAACUGAAAACUUUAAUCAGAGUUUCAAAUCCAAGAAGAAAACUCAGAAGUCUGCAAAAAUGGCUUCGCUUUCACUGAAAGGAAGAACGAAAAACAUAGCAAACAGGUCUAAAAAGUAUCUGGAAGAAGCUCUGUACCGUAGACUCUUUAAAGAUGGCGGUGAUGAAGUCACUGUUCGUCAUAAUUUGAAUGAGUUCCUCAAAAGUCGCAAGAGAGUUUACAAAUGGGAAGUUGGGGAUACUAUAAAGAAGCUUCGAGAUCGCAAGCACUAUUUUGCUGCUCUCAAGCUUUCAGACACUAUGGCUAGAAGAGGCAUGAACAUGACUUUAAGUGACCAAGCUAUCCACCUUGAUCUAAUUGCUAAGACUCAUGGCAUUCCUGCUGCUGAGAACUAUUUCAUUGAUCUUCCUGAGUCAUCAAAAAACAUAGAGUGCUAUGGUGCCCUUCUUAAUUCUUACUGUAAGGAGUCCAUCUCUGAUAAGGCUGAAGCACUCAUGGAGAAGAUGAAGGAACUCAGCCUCCCUAUUACAGCCAUGUCUUAUAAUAGCUUGAUGACCAUGUAUGCAAAAAAUGGUCAGCCUGAAAGAGUACCUGGUCUGGCACAAGAAAUGAAGGCUUCGAAUAUCAUGCUACAAGUUUUCACAUAUAAUAUAUGGAUGAGAGCUCUAGCAGCUGUUAAUGACAUUAAUGGGGCUGAAAGGGUUUUGGAUGAGAUGAAGAGGGAUGGACGGGUUGCAGAAGACUGGACUACAUACAGCAAUUUAGCAUCCAUUUAUGCUGAUGCAGGGAUGACUGACAAGGCUGAGAAUGCUCUCAAGGAGCUCGAGAAGCGGAAUACUUCUAAAGAGCUUUUACCUUACCAAUUCCUUAUUACUUUAUAUGGAAAAACUGGAAAUGUGGUCGAGAUUUAUCGUAUUUGGCGCUCUUUAAGGCUUGCCUUCCCUAAAACUCCGAAUAUCGCUUACUUGAAUAUGAUUCAGGCGUUGAUCAACUUAAAAGAUAUGCCAGGUGCUGAGAAAUGCUUCAAGGAAUGGGAAUCUGGCUGUUUAACUUAUGAUAUUCGGAUAGUUAACGCACUUAUCGAAGCUUACAUCAAAGACGAUCUAUUUGACAAGGCUAAAGAGCUCAAACAGCGUGCUGACAAUAGAGGGGCAAAAGCUAAUGCUAAAACAUGGGAUAUUUUCUUAGAUUACCAUGUGAAGAAAGGGAAAAUCAAGUCAGCAGUCGAUUGUGUCGAGUACGCGAUAACCGCUGGCAGGGUAGGUGGAACCGAAAAGUGGAUCCCUAAAGCCGAGGUCGUAAGUGCAAUGAUGCAACUCUUUGAACAGAACAAGGAUGUUGAUGGUGCUGAAGGUUUUCUGGAGCUUCUGAAGAAAAACAUGGAUAACUUGGGUGCUGAAGUAUUUGAAUCGUUGAUAAGAACUUACGCUGCUGCUGGAAGGACUAGUCCUUCGAUGGGUCGUCGUUUGAAGAUGGAAAAUGUUGAGGUGAAUGAGGAAUGUAAGAAGUUGCUUGAAGUGGUUAUUGCAGAAUGAUUUUUUCUUGGGUUUCAACUGUGAUUCCUGCUCUUACAAAUUUUUUGGCUAGUUGAUCAUUAAGCUAACUGAUGUUUCAAUAAUGGAUUAAGGCCUCCUUUUGUGGUAUUUCUCUUGGAUGUCGGUAGAACCUUAGUUCUCGUAUGUAAACGAGUUUUGCUAUGUUCGGUUUGAUGGAAGAUCCUUAAGUUAAGUUAAAUUGGAAAAAUUAAGAUGUUAGGAAUUGGAGAGGGGAGGAUAGAAAGGGAUGGAAAACUCAAAUUCAUCUUAAAUGUCAUUUUUGAAUUCCUUGUCUUAUUAAGUACAAGUAAUAACAGUAAAGUGUAAAAUAGUUUUUAAGCAAACCGUUUUUCUUCUAAUCAAAUACCACUUUAAUUGUUUU